AUGACUUACGUAAGAAGAGAAAAAUACAGGGAACUGAAGCCGAAGCACAUGACCAGAAAAUAUGAAGCAGGAGUUGGGAAAGGAAAAUGCAUAAAGGAAAAGGAAACUAGAUUGGGCUCAGACUGCAAAGAGAGUGCCUCCUACAUGAUGUCGUUGAAGCUUGAAAUCACUGUUAAAGAUAGACGUUCGCGAGAACGUGUGUUGUGUUAUUGUCAUCCUGUUAGACGUGUUGACGAAAGGGGAAAAUACGAAAAAUCUCUCAGAGCGAAAAGUGAUAUGACACCUCGCGCUUCGCGCCCGUUACUUUCUGCUUGCGCAACUUUAGAGAUGUCUAAUUUCGAUUAUAAGAAAUUGCUGCAUGCGAUCCAUGCUGCAAAACCUGCUGCUGUGAAUGGCUCUGAACCCACCGCUGGUCCCUCAGGAGUUGGUACAACGGCAAACCCAACUACUACGAAUGGUCAUGAUUCCACCGCUGGUCCUUCAGGAGUUGGUGGAACGGUAAACCCUACUAGUAUGAAUGGGAAUGAUUCCACCGCUGGUCCCUCAGGAGUUGUUAGACCAGCAUACCCGCCAACGGUGAAUGGCACAAAUUCCUCAGCAAUUGUUAGAUCGGGAAUUUCUGUAUCAGGGAACCGACCAGGUCCAUGGAGAUUUAUUAUUGAACCAAUGUUUGGGCGUCCAAAGGCAAUUGAACCACCAAAGGAGACGAUUGAACCAGCGAAGGAGACGAAUGAACCACCGAAGAAGAGGGUUAGGUUUUGCGAAGAGAACCUGAGGAGUACACAAGAUUGUCGUCCACGGAUUGAACCAGGCAAAAAGCGGGUACGAUUCCGUGAAGACGACUGUCCUAAGACAAAGAGACAGAUGCAGGGCUUCACUGUAACUGAAUAUGAACCAACAACUCCAGGCAGAUAUGUUAUGAAACCAAGGGAUUCUUCUGCAUCAAGUGUACCACCGGUGUUGAAGACGAUUUUGAAAAAAUCUAAUUUUUCGGAGGAAGUUUCAAUGCCGACCACUGGCAAAGGAGCCAAAUCCAAAAUAAAAUCAGGAAAAAGAACAAAGAAAAGCGCUUCUGAUGCUGUGUAUAAACUUUCGGAUCGUACUCCAAAGAUUAAACUUGCUAAGAAGAGAGUUACAACUCGUAAGGUCAACACCAAGAACAAGAAGCACGUGCAGAUAUCUGCCAGUGAUCUAAAGGAAGUUUCGGUUGUGUUACACCGGUUGCCGGAAGACGUUGUAGCCAAGUAUCGUGCAAAGUUAGAGAAUGGCUCUAAGAAUGCAGUGGAUGUCAAAGCACCCAAUAAAAGAACUCGUGGUGCCAAGCGCAAAAUGCCAGCUAAGAAGCAGCCAAAUGUUAAAACUGGAAAAGCGGGCCAAAACAUCGACAAGCCUUCCCCAGCUAUCAAAAGACCAAAAAUGGAAACGGUGACAAAAUCUCAGGAUGAUGAAAAGUAUAACCUGGUUGAAACUUCGCAAGACUAUCCUGUGGCGAUCGAGAAUCCACCGCCAGAAUAUGCCCUAGCUGACAGAUCCAGUACUCUCGAACCGAUGAAUUCCUUGACGAGGCCUUCAGGAAUAGAAGUGCAGAGUUACUUGGAGAUGCCGACUUCAGUAGCAGUACAGCAGGUACAACCUCGUGAACGUGAUGAAUUUGAUUCUAUAGCGGAAGAAGCUUUCCAAUUGUGUUCUGCAUUUAACGAACCUUCGCAAAUUUCUUCAAGAAAUUAUCAGACAGUGGAAGUGGGUGGUACAUACAGUUCAUUCGUUCCAGAUAUGUUGGAAAUGGGAGCUUCAAUUUUAAAUGUUUCCUUGCACGAGCUGUCAGAAUCUGAAAAUCAGUCAGAUUCUGAUGAUCAGUCAGAAUCUGAUAAUCAGUCAGAAUCUGGAAAUCAGUUAGAAAUUGAAGAGCAGGUUUCCUUGGAGAAUAUAUCAGAAACUGUACAGCUUUCGGAAACUCAACAGUAUGCAGAAACCAAAGAUCAGCAAGAAACUAAAAUUGAGCCGCGACCCGAAAUUGCGACACAAACGGAAAUUGCGCCAGAAUCCGAAACUGAGUCAGAUUCCGAUAGCGAGUCAGAAUCCGAGACCGAGUCAGAAUCCGAAUCCGAGUCAGAAACGGACAUGCAGUCACAGACGGACGUGAAGUCACAGACGGAAGUGAAGUCACAGACGGAAGUGAAGUCACAGACGGACGCGCAGUUACAAACAAAAGUACAGUCGCAAACGGAAGAGCAUAAAGAUUCCGAAGAUCAACCGCAAAUUGAAGAUGAGUCGCAGAUCAAAAAUCUGCCAGAAACUGAAAACCAUUCAGAAGAUAAAAAGACUGAAGAAGUAGAACAACCGGAACGCGACAUUUUGCUUGAUCUAUCACCUGUAAUGGCUGAUCUUUUGGAAGCGUGUGCUAAUGCAAGGAGAGAAAGGGGAGAACAAGAAGAAGAAUAUAUUAUUAAUAAUGAAUCUUCAUACUCUGAGAGGGAAAUGGAAGAUCAAUCAGAAGAAAUUAAUGCUGUUGAAAAUAUGUUAGGGACAUAUUUUUCAGAAGAGAUCGAAGCUGAACCUGUCAUUGAAAAAGAUUCAUCAGAAAAUACAGAUGACAAGCAACAAGAAAUUGAACCUGAUAUUGAAGAGAAUUCAUUAGAAAAUUCAGAUGGCACAACACAAAUCGAAAUUGAUCCCAAUUUUGAAGAAGAUUCACUAGCUAAUUCUGAUGACAAAAGACAAGAAAUUGAACCUGAUAUUGAAGAGAAUUCAUCAGUUAAUUCAGAUGCCGAUGUACAAGAUUCAUUAAUUAAUUCAGAUGAUAUAACACAAGAAAUUGAAUCUGAUAUUGAAGAAAAUUCAUCAGUUAAUUCAGAUGCCACAACAGAAAUCGAAGUUGAACCUGACCUUGAAGAAGAUUCUGUAGAUAAUUCAGAUGACAUCAUUCAAGAAAUUGAACCUGAUAUUGAAGAGAAUUCAUUGGCUAGCCCAGAUACUACGACACAAAUCGAGGUUGAACAUAAUUUUGAAGAUAAUUCAUUAGGAAGUUCAUAUAGCACGACACAAAUCGAAGUUGAACAUGAUUCUGAAGAGAAUUCAUUAGCGAAUUCAGAUCCAAAGAGCGAAAUUGAUCCCUAUUUUGAAGAGGAUUCAUUAGUUAAUUCUGAUGACAGAAAACAAGAAAUUGAACCUGAUAUUGAAAAGAAUUCAUUAGCGAAUUCAGAUCCAAAGAGCGAAAUUGAUCCUGAUUUUGGGGAGGAUUCAUUAACUAAUUCAGAUGAUAAAGAACAAGAAAUUGAAUCUGAUAUUGAAGAGAAUUCAUCAGUUAAUUCAGAUGAAACGACAGAAAGCGAAAGUAAUUCUGAUAGUGAAGACGAUUCAUUAUCUAAUUCAGAUGCCGAUGUCCAAAUCGGAGUUGAACCUGACGUUGAAGAGGAUUCUUUAGAUAAUUCAGAUGACAACAUUCAAGAAAUUGAACCUGAUAUUGAAGAGAAUUCAUUGGCUAGUCCAGAUACCACAACACAAAUCGAAAUAGAUCCAAAUUUUGAAGAAGAUUCAUUUAGUAAUUCAGAUGACGAAAAAAAAGAAAUUGAACCUGAUAUUGAAGAUAAUUCAUCAGUUAAUUCAGAUGCCACGGCACAAAGCGAAAUUGAUGCUGAAGUUGAAGACGAUUCAAUAACUAAUUCAGAUGCCGAUGUGCAAGUCAAAAUUGAACAGGGUAUUGAAGAGGAUUCAUUAUCUAAUUCAGAUGCUAAGGAGCAAAACAAAAUUGAUUCCGAUGUUGAAGAGGAUUCAUUAGCAAAUUCAGAUGUCGACAUUCAAGAAAUUGAACAUGACAAUGAAGAGGAUUCAUUGACAAAUUCAUACGAAGAGAUAUUAGUCGUGAUCGAUUCUGAUAUUGAAGAGGAUUCAUUAGCAAAUUCAGAUGUCAACAUUCAAGAAAUUGAACAUGACAAUGAAGAGGAUUCAUUAGCUAAUUCAUUUGACGAAAUUCUGGUCGUAGUUGAAUCUGAUAUUCAAGACGAUUCAUUAGCUAAUUCAGAUGCUGAAAUAGAAAUCGAAAUUGAUUCUAAUGUUGAAGAGGAUUCUUUGGAAAAAUCAGAUGCCAUGAUGCAACCCCUUAAUGGUGAUCUGCCCAUAAAUUCCGAUAUAAUGGAGCCUGAAUCUCUAUCAGAUUUUGAUAUAGUGUAUGUGAUAGAAACAUCCGUAAGUGACAGAACAGAUGAACAAUCUGAAAAUCCUGAUAUGUUCGUUAACUCCGAUAUGAUACAGCCCGAUACGGAGAUGGAGAUACCAUCGUUAGAAACAUUAGACAGAAAAGAUGAGGAGUCUGUAACUGAUGAAGAAUCUCAAAAUUCACAUAUUACUAACAAUGAACCAUCUCCAUGUACCUCAACGCAAGAAAUGCCUGAGAUUGACGAAGGAACGUGCGAAAACCAAGAUCAAAUAUUUGAAUGUGAUGAUCAACCAAAGAAUGCCGAUCAGGUUGCGACAAUCUCAUCAUCUACGGGGCCUUUAUAUGAUGAUGAAUCUCAAAAUUUACCAAGUACUAGCGAAGAACCAUCUCCAUGUACCUCAAAACACGAAAUGCCUGAGAUUGACCAAGGAACGUGCGAAAAACGAGAUCAAAUAUUUGAAUGUGAUGAUCAACCAAAGAAUGCCGAUCAGGCUGCGACAAUGUCAUCUACGGAGUCUGUAAAUGAUGAUGAAUCUCAAAGUUCUCAUAUUACUAACAAUGAACCAUCUCCAUGUACCUCAAUACACGAAAUGCCUGAGAUUAACCAAGGAACGUGCGAAAAACGAGAUCAAAUAUUAGCAAGUGAUGAUCAACCAAAGAAUGUUGAUCAGGCUGCGACAAUGUCAUCAUCUACGGAGUCUGUAAAUGAUGAUGAAUCUCAAAAUUCUCAUAUUACUAACAAUGAACCAUCUCCAUGUACCUCAAUACACGAAAUGCCUGAGAUUAACCAAGAAACGUGCGAAAAACUAGAUCAAAUAUUUGAAUGUGAUGAUCAACCAAAGAAUGCCGAUCAGGCUGCAACAAUGUCAUCAUCUACGGAGCCUGUAAAUGAUGAUCAAUCUCAAAAUUUACCAAGUACUAGCAAAGAGCCAUCUCCAUGUACCUCAAAACACGAAAUGCCUGAGAUUGGCCAAGAAACGUGCCAAAAACGAAAUAAAGAGCCUGUAAAUGAUGAUCAUUCUCAAAAUUUACCAAGUACUAGCGAAGAACCAUCUCCGUCUACCUCAAAAUACAAAAUGCCUGAGAUUGGCCAAGGAACGUGUGAAAAACGAAAUCAAGAGCCUUUAAAUGAUGAUCAAUCUCAAAAUUUACCAAGUACUAGCAAAGAACCAACUCCAUCUACCUCAAAAUACAAAAUGCCUGAGAUUGGCCAAGGAACGUGUGAAACACGAAAUCAAGAGCCUGUAAAUGAUGAUCAAUCUCAAAAUUUACCAAGUACUAGCAAAGAACCAUCUCCAUCUACAUCAAAACACAAUAUGCCUGAGAUUGACCAAGAUUAUGCUACUGCAAGAUAUGAGCGUGCAAGAGAAGUAGAACAUCCAAAUACAGAUUGCGCACCAGGAAAGAUGAUGUAUUUAAUGGACGAGAAGUUUUUCUGUACUAAGAUGAAGCAAUCUGCACCUAAAAAUAUUAAGUGGGCCACGGACGAUUAUCAUAUCGAUGAAGAUCCAGAAGAUACAGAUGAAGAUGAUUGGACGGAUAUUGAUUCUGAAGACGCGAUGUUUGAAGACGAAGAAGAAGAACAUAGAGAAGAUUGGUUGUUCGGAAACUCGGGAAAGACCAAGAUAAAAUUCGAGUCAUAUGUAGACGAUGGUAGUUGUGCGUCAAACAUACGAGUCAGGGUGAGUGAACGAAGAGUUGAGGCUUUAUUGAGAAUCGUGAAGGAAGAUGUGAAGAAGUUCACACAUUAUGCUGAAUUGAAGAGACUGUUGAGGAGAGAAAAAAGAGAACGCGAAAUAAUGGACGCAGCAAUAAAGAGUCCUCCUCCUCCCAAAAAGACGUCCAGAAAAUGA